CUGAGCCUCCCUCACUCUACGUCACACCUUUCCGAGGGUAGCUGCGGUCUCUGCGCUCCGGCUGCGUCCGUCUCCACUACGGCUGCCUGCUGCGCGUUUCUCCCGCUUUACGCUGCUUUUACGCCUCGGUUCCGCCGCCCCGAGCCUUUUCUCCGGUACCGUCUCUUCCCGGGAGGACUUUCGGACCGAACCGACCCGCUGCUUGGCUUGGAAGUACCGCUGUCGACAAUAAAAGCGAUCCUUCCCGAUGCUUCAGCUCAGAGCUCCGCUCCAACUAACCGUGCUCAGAGAUUGUAGUGAAUCUCACCCCAGUGGAGGCUCAGAAUGCUAAUAUGAUGACAGCUUGCGGGCCAGUGUCAUGGCAACAAAGCUACAAUCUGAUAUAUGUUGGGUAAAGGAGCAAAGCGGAAGCUGGACGAGGAUGACGAGGGCGUGGAAAGCAAAGCGCUGGCGGCCGAUGGCCUCUCCAAGGUGUCCUACACGCUUCAGAGGCAGACUAUCUUCAACAUCUCUCUGAUGAAGCUGUAUAACCAGCGGGCGCUGACUGAGCCCAGCCUGGAGAAGCGCGUGCUCAUCAACAACAUGCUGCGACGCAUCCAAGAAGAGCUGAAGCAGGAGGGCAACCUGCGGCCACUUUUCUUUCCCCCGUCCCCUCCGCCAGACGACCCGGUGGAUGAGGGCUUUCGAGAGGCGCAGCCAGCCUUUGGCGCCCUCUCCAUGGCCGCAGCCACCCCUUUGAUCCUGCCUCCUUCAUCACCUGCUCCGCCCCCACCACUGCCCCCGCCUCUGGUCGGUCAAACGCCGCUGGACACCUGCCUCACCCCAGCCUCGCUGCUGGAGGAGGACAGCGCCGCUUUUUGCACAUCCCCUCCCUCACCCUUGCCGGAUGCACCGUCCAGACUCCAUCCACAAGUGGGCGGAGACAGUUUCUCCUCAGCCCUGGAUGACAUUGAGGAGCUGUGUCCAACAGCCCAAGCAUCAGCAGGGCCUACAACUACCUCCCCCUCCGCACUCACAGCGGCCCUACAUUCGCCCCUCCAGCCCCCCAGCCAAUCCUCAGACUCCAAAGACUGCAGCAAACCUUGCAGCCCAAAGCUGGAGGGUCUAAACCCGCUGCCCCUAGAGCGUCCGUCAGCGACAGCAGCGGCCAAUGACUCUAAACUGAUGGAGACUCUCCCUCCUACAGGCCUGGACAUGAGCACUUCUCCCUCUGCCUCCUCUUCCUCAGGCUUCCUCACUGACCUGGCCCUGGACGAUAUCCUCUUUGCUGACAUCGACACCUCCAUGUACGAUUUUGACCCCUGCACGUCUGCUGCAGGAGCUGUCCCCUCCAAACUGGCCCCCGUUGUGACGGCCGACGACCUCCUCAAGACUCUGUCCCCUUACAGCAGCUCCGCCCCAGUCGUCAGCUCCAACCAGCCUUUUAAAAUGGACCUCACAGAACUGGACCACAUCAUGGAGGUCCUGGUAGGCUCAUGACCAGUUUUGAGAAGGAGAUAAUGUAGAGGAGAAUCAAAAAAUUAUUCAAAGAAUUUUUAGAUACAAAGUGUAAAAAACUGAGGACUUAACUGUGGGUGUUUUGUACAGGUUUUAUUUUUUUGUUUGUUUUUAAGACAAGGCAAUUGUAAUAAUCAAUGGUGAUGUCACCCAGUACUACUUCUCAAAACACUGUGCAUGCACUGUGCUCGCCUUUCCAAAAGAUGAACAUGAAGGAACACGCUUGGCUUCUUGUCAGAUUUGAGUGCCUUCAUUGAUAAAUGACCACUUGGCAAAUUUCAUGCCCUUUUAUUAGUGUCUCUUUUACGUUUCUCCAAAUAAGCAGAGAAGGAGUAGCAGCUCUCUUUCCCCUUGUCAGCAUACAGGUGCAGGAAUGUGCUCUGCCGGGCCUAUUUGUGUGUUACUUUCAUUUUCACCAAGCACAACAAAUUUGGAAAAAAGGAACUUUAUGGUUUUUGGGCUUCUUUAGUGUUAUUAGACAUUUGGGAAAUAUUUAAAUAUUUUGGUCUGCUCCAACUUUUUAAUGCCCAGACUGAACCAAACUUCCACUCUAUAAUCUCUAAUAUGAAGUGUACACACUUUACCCUGGCUGGCCUAUUUCUACUACACAAACUGUAGGUGUAUAUGUUGAGCAUUGGUGUUGAAAUUUUAUCUCAACUGAACACAAACCGAACAAUCUGCAUUGUUAACUUGGCAAUUUGGGGUUCAGGCAAUAAGUGCACAUUGUAUUGAUGGACAUUAUGUUGUAUAGUUUCGGUCUUGUGAGCCCUUUUCCUGAAGAGGGAAUAACCAAGUGAAGGCCCUUUAUGCUGUAAGAAAUGUAUGCAAAUGCAAAUUUCUUCUAGAUCAAAAGUUAACAUGACGUCCUCGUUUUUUUUUUAUGUUGGAUGAUUUUUCGUACUCAAAUGCAAUUUUGUUGAAAAACACUACACUAGUGUGCAGGGAGUGAGCGUGUGUGAGUGCCUGUUCAUGCAAAAAAAAUGUUUCUCAUGUUAUACGCAGUCUGCAUCAUUUUUUUACAAACUCAUUGUCAACAUUUCUUUUCAUUUUUAACAUCUUUCUUCGCUUGUUUGCCAAACAUUUCUCUGUAUCCUGCACUGUCCUGCGGUACGGUAUACAUAUUAUUGCAUGCAGCGUUGCAAUACUAUUGUACAAAAGCCAGAUGUAGGAUUUUAGAUGGAUUGGUUUCAUUUGACCUUAUUUAUAUCUUAUGUUUGGUUGCGUUUUACUGAUUGCCAUCUGCUCGUGUCUCCCUUUUGUCUCUCAGCUGGGAUUCCUCCUGUUGGGUUUUGGCCAGUAGAGAUGGUCAGAAAGAUUGGGUAAACAGCACUGGAAAUUGAAUUUCUUACAGUAUAUGUACAAGAUGUUUCAAAACUACCAAAGAGGAUUUUUAGCAUUCAGAUUUCCAAACUUUUCCAUUAGCCUUCCUUAUUUCACGGUUCAAAAAUAGAAGCCUGUGUGGAGCAGCAAGUAAGAUAUGCCUUCAUUUCUGAAACCCACUACAAAACACUGAACUCGGUGAGACUGAACACCGUAUUUUCAAUUCAGUUUUGACUGUCACGUGCAAAGGGACCAUUUCUCAUAUCAGCAGCUGUUACAGACCCAUUUACAAGAGUUCAUCGGUAAAGACUCAGUGAGGACUCAGUGUGGGAAUUGUUAUCAGCAUCAUUUCCAAUCACAGUUAGAUUUCAAGACACGUUUGGCUUCAUCGCACAGAAUCACACAUCGUCAGAGAGACAGUAAACUGCAGUGCUGGUCUCAUUCAGGUGUGAACAUUUCAAAUACAGGAUUUCACUUUUUACUAUUUACAGAACAGCCUUUCGUGGCAUUAGUUUGAACAGGUUACAGCCAGGGGGCGCUAGAGAGAUGAUCUGAAAGUUGAAAAACACGAUAAUGAGCGGGACUAUGAGAGCAAACGGGCAAUACUAUUCAUUCAUAAUUAUAAUUACUGGUUAUUUUUAAGAUAUUUGGAUUUGGAGUGAUUGUUUUUUUUUGUUUUAAAUUAUUUAUUCUUUGUUUCCUGUGUAAAUAUAUUUAUUUUGAUGUGAAGCUACCAUCUGGAUUGUAAUAUGUACAGAAUGUAUGGUAGGAAUGUAAUCUGCUUAUAGGAAUGUAUCUUGCAUAAUGAAUUGGGUUGGAAGCCAUUUGUUUCUGUUUUGAAAAUGCAUUAUUUUGUUUCCUAUAUUAUAAUUUUGGGGUGGGGUUUGUGGCUGUUUCUAGGGCUACAUAUUCUUACCCCUAUUUAAAUGAGUAUUUAAUGUCUGUGUAUUUCUGUUUGUGUGCAAGGGAAAUGUUUGUGAAGCAAUAUUUUAUUCUCUUCAAACUUCAGAGGUUCAGACUCCAAAGCUUUUUAUUUCUUUUCUUUCUUUUCUUUUUUUAUUUUAUUUGUUUGUCGGGAAAGUCUGUUGCUAACCCUCAAUGCCAAAACGUAUGAAGAGCAAAAGUGAAUGCUUUCUGAUGCUGGUUACUGUUAGUUUAACUCAGUGUCUCCUGUCUUCAGCCUGCGCCACAGGCCACCUGUUUUGGGGAAUAAAAGUAGUUGAGUGGUUUUGGAGAGAGACCACUGGUGGAGUGGGGGAAGGGGGGGUUACCUCUUCUUCUGCUCAAUAAGAAAGGCUGUAUUUUUCACAGACCUUGGAGCUGUGCCUUUUUCUAUGCAAUUACCAACAUAUUCAUUUUGAGAAAAAAUGAACCCAUCAAAUGAUGAUCACUGUAUUUGCAUCAAGGUGUGGACUGUAGAAUAUAUAUAAAAAUAUGGACAGGUGUCUAUGAAUUUGAAACAGUCUUACUUUUGUAGUUUUAUAUCAUACAAUAAACUAUUAAAAAUA